CGCGGUCCGAGCCCGACGGGCGGCACUGCGAGAAAUAUGAGGAUUCGCCCGGGAUGCGCGGCUGUACUAGCGCUGCUACUGCAGACCGUUCUUGUGGCGAGUAAGGCUGUGGAUCAAACGCAAUUGCAGCAGCAAUCACAGCGGCAAACUCCAUACGGUACAGAAGCGCAAAAACGAUGGGGAGGCGACGGUGGUGAUUACGGCGGCGGCGGCGGCGGCGGCGGCGGCGGUUACGGGGGUGGCGAUAUUGGUGGUCACUUCGGUGGCGGCGGGGACUUCGGCGGUCAUUUCGGAGGUGGCGAUGACGGCGGUCAUUUUGGAGGUGGCGAUGGCGGUGGUCAUUUUGGAGGUGGUGACGGUGGCGGUCAUUUUGGAGGUGGUGAUAUUGGCGGUCAUUUUGGGGGUGGUGACAUCGGCGGUCACUUAGGCGGCGGCGGUGAUAUCGGUGGUCAUUUAGGUGGAGGUGAUUUUGGAGGUGGAGGCGAUGAUCAUCAUGGCGGCGGUGAUCAUCAUGAUGAUCACCAUGACAAGGGUUACUGGAAGAAGAAGUUAGUCUGGAAACCGGGCUGGAAGAAGAUCUGGAAACCGGCGAAGAAGCAAAUCUGGAAACCCGCGUGGAAGAAAAUCUGGAAGCCUAUUUGGGUGCCGACGCAGAAAGCGGUGUGGAAGGAGAUUCAAGUACCCGCUUGGAAGAAGAUCUGGAAGCCUGUGUGGAAGGAGAUUCAAGUGCCGGUGUGGAAGGAGAUACAGGUGCCGGCUUGGAAGAAAAUCUGGAAGCCGAUUUGGCAGCCGAUCAAGGUGCCCGCUUGGAAGGAGAUCCAAGUACCCGCGUGGAAAAAGAUCUGGAAGCCGGUUUGGAAAGAGAUUCAGGUACCAGUGUGGAAAGAAAUUCAAGUACCCGCUUGGAAAAAGCUCUGGAUCCCCGAAUGGGUAAAGGUUGGCAUACCAGGUGAACACUUUCACGGCACGGAUCAUCAUGGAUGGCAAUACACCAGCCAUGAUCUUUGGAAAAAGAAGUUGAUCUGGAAGCCAGUGUGGAAAAAAUAUUGGAAAUCGGCAAAAAAACAGAUCUGGGUCUCGGACAAGAAGCUCGAGUGGAAAGAGGCUUGGAAGCAGGUUUGGAAGCCAGCGAAGAAGCAAAUCUGGGUGGAGGAUAAGAAGCUGGCCUGGAAAGAGGCGUGGAAACAGAUCUGGAAGCCGGGCAAGAAACUCGUCUGGGUCCCUGACAAGAAACUCGAGUGGAAGGAGGCUUGGAAGCAAAUCUGGAAGAGCGACAAGAAGCUGGAAUGGAUCCCCGACAAAAAGCUCGCUUGGAAGGAGGCGUGGAAGCAGAUCUGGGUGCCUGCUUGGAAAGAGAUCUGGGUACCAGCGUGGAAGAAGAUAUGGAAGCCUGUCUGGAUAUCCGAGUGGUUCCCCAGCGAGGACCAUCAUCAUCACCAUGGCUGGGACCGCAAGGACACGCAAGCACAGAAUACGCAAAUUGUGCCCUACAGCCCCGAGAAGGGUGCCCCUCAGCAGAAGAGGCAAGCGCAGCAGCAACAGCAGCAGCAGCAGCAGCAGCAGCAGCAGCAGCAGCAGCAGGGACAGCAACAAGCGCAGCCGCGACAGCAGCAGGUACAGCAACGUCCGGCGGACAGUAAGAAAGUCGGAUGGGACAGGUCUUUCCAGGCGAGUUCGCCGACGAUCACGCAGGACUUGGUACCACCGCCGAUCAAUCAAAACGGGGGCCAAGCCAGCUUUGCGUUCCCUAGCCGCUGACAAGGCUAGAUUUCCGGGUGCAGAAUAACCGCACUAUAAUCCACAAAAAAAAUGCUUGUACAAACAUCUCCACGGGAGAGUGUAACAUAAGCCGCUGUAUAUAUUACUUCUUAGGAUUAAGAUAAGAUCGCGUAAAACUUAAGUUACUCGAAAUUAUUCGACUGACGCGCUUCCUGUCCCUCGAGGUAUCACUUUUACCUUGACACCUCGUAACCUUUAUUUUUCCCUUUUCUUGUUUUCCAUUUUUUUUUAUACGUUGUUGUCUCUUCCAAUUGUUAACUAAUACUGUUACGAAUAAAGUUUAUAAGUAUUUUGUUAA